AUGGCGGGGGCCGCAGCGGGCGGCAGAGGCGGCGGUGCCUGGGGGCCGGGGCGCGGAGGGGCCGGGGGGCUCCGGCGGGGCUGCUCUCCCCCAGUCCCCGCCGGCUCCCCCCGGGCUGGGCUGCAGCCGCUCAGGGCCACGGCCCCCUUCCAGCUGCAGCAGCCGCACCAGCGCCGGGACGGGGGUGGCCGCGCAGCCAGCGUCCCGUGUUCGGUGGCCCCAGAAAAGUCAGUGUGUAGGCCUCAGCCACCCCAGGUCCGACGUACAUUCUCUCUGGACACCAUCCUCAGCUCCUACCUUCUUGGCCAGUGGCCACGUGAUGCUGAUGGGGCCUUCACCUGCUGUACCAAUGACAAGGCCACCCAGACCCCUCUGUCUUGGCAAGAGCUGGAAGGCGAGCAGGCCAGCUCCUGUACACACAAGCGCUCGGCGUCCUGGGGCAGCACAGACCACCGAAAAGAGAUCACCAAGUUGAAGCAGCAGCUGCAGAGGACAAAGCUGAGCCGCAGCGGGAAAGAGAAGGAGCGGGGCUCCCCACUCCAAGGGGACCAUGCUGUGCGGGGAGCUCUGAGGACGUCCCCUCCCAGCUUCCCUUCAGGGUCCACUGUCCUGCGACUUAGCCCCUGCCUGCACAGAAGCCUGGAAGGGCUCAACCAAGAGCUGGAGGAGGUGUUUGUGAAGGAACAGGGUGAAGAGGAGCUGCUGAGGAUCCUCGAUAUCCCCGAUGGGCACCGUGCCCCCGCCCCUCCCCAGAGCAGCAGCUGCGAUCCUUCCCUCCUUCCCCUGGAGCCUGGCAACCUGGCCAGCUCUCCCUCCAUGCCCCUGGCAUCCCCCCAGCCAUCUGGCUGCGCCAGCCACGAGGAGCACCGGGGUGCAGUCGAGGAGCUGGCAUCCAUCCCCAGCGACAAAGCCUCCUCUCCAGGUCACCCGGCCUUCCUGGAAGAGGGCAGCCCAUCUCCAGUCCUUGCCUUUGCUGCCUCCCCUCGGCCCAAUCACAGCUAUGUCUUCAAACGGGAGCCCCCAGAAGGCUGUGAGAGGGUGCGGGUAUUUGAAGAGGCGACGUCCCCAGGUCCUGACUUGACCUUCCUGACUUCCUGUCCUGACAAGAACAAAGUCCAUUUCAACCCAACUGGCUCAGCCUUCUGCCCUGUCAACUUGAUGAAGCCCCUCUUCCCCAGCAUGGGCUUCAUCUUCCGUAAUUGCCCCUCAAGCCCGGGGUCUCCCCUUCCCCCGACCAGCCCCAGGCCACCUCCUCGGAAGGAUCCAGAGGCCUCUAAGGCCUCCCCACUGCCGUUCGAGCCAUGGCAGCGUACCCCACCAUCAGACGAGUCCGUGCUUUUCCAGAGCUCCCUGGUGGUCUGAGGUCCCCACCCCCACCACUGUACCAUGGAGACCAGUGCCUUGGUGGCAGCCUCUCUCCCUAACCCCCCUGAGAUGGGGGAUGGAGGAGCCCUUUCCUCUCGGCCUUUGAGCACUUUCAUUUAUCGUGUCAAAGCCCUGGGUUCUCUUUCUGAUGGACACCGGUCCCUCCUAAUGUGAGGGGACCUGCCUUCUCCACUAGCAGCCAGGCAGCUCACAACUCACACCUGUGUCUCUGCCACCUCCCUCACUUGGUGGAAAACUCACCUAGAAGGUCUUGAGUCCCCCACCCCUAGGCGUGAGUCCAAAGGACUGUAUAUGAGGCCCUUGUCCUUGUCAUAGAGCAAGCUGGCCGUGAUUGAAGGAGAGGGGAUGCCACAGAUCCCCAUUCCUGUCCUCCACACACACAGAAGAGACCAGAAGAUAGAUACCCCCAUCCUCAGCCCCAUCCCCAUGGCUCCCUCUCAUUGGAGGUGCUGACCAAAGCAGCCCUAAAGGGCCAUAACACUUGACCAGUUCAGCUGCUGACAGAGGGGGGAACCAAGGGUUUUCCCAAGUGGCAUUUUCAUCUCGCUUUCACCCUGACUAAAGAUUGUCUUCAGCAGCAGCCCAACCUGCCCAGCCCCAGGUGGGUAGUGGGGGAGAGGGAGAGCUGGCAUUUGUCUGGGUGGCAAGUGGCGACUACACCCACCACUCUUCCAGGUCUGGGUUGGAUUAGAAAAAUGCCUAUUUUUCUUGUAUCGAUAUAGAAACUAUUUUCUCCCAAAGACACUAUUUUUGCAGCUGUUUGAAGUUUGUAUAUUUUCCGUACUGCAGAGCUUACACAAAAAUUGAAGAAGAAUGUUAAUGUUCAAGUUUUCUUAUCCUGUGUUUAGAGAUUGUUUUUUGCAGAUCUUGGUGUUAAUAGACGAAAUAAAUAAAUAAGUAUUC